AAAUGAAACCAACAGAGCAGAGACUGCAGUGAAUCUGGCUAAGAUGAAGAUGAAGGAGCCUCUGUGUGUCUCCCUGCUGGCCUUCAUCAUGUUGGUUGUGACCGACCCGACAGGAGCUGAAGGGAGACCAGAACCAUGGAGGAACCCAGGCGUCUCUGGAACCAAUCUGCAGCAGAAGAUGUUCACUUUGUCCAGGUACGGUGGGGGGCUCACCCUGUUUGCACCGUACCUGGACCCUCUGGGGUCUACGUCCAACCCGGCCACGUCCUACCACACAGACAGCUCCCGGACCGACCCCACCAGGUACGACGCCUCGACCACAGCUACGCCCACCAGAGGGUACCCCACCACGACAACAGGGUUCUGGCCGAGGACCACCGGGUACUACCCCUGGACCACAGCUCCGCCCACCAGAGGGUACCCCUACACUACAACGACGUUGAGGCCAACCACCACCACCAGGUACUACCCCUGGACCACAGCUCCGCCCAAAGGAGGCGUGUCUGUGUGUCUGCGCCUCAUCACCUCCGACACGAACCCGUCCAUCUUCACUCUGAGCCCGUCCAGCACGCCGCUCAGCCUGCAGGUCACAGACGGAGGCUGGUACCUCCUGAGGUUCGGCAGCAACCAACUUAGGCUGCGGCCCAGCGUCCCCAUCUGGCCAAACAUCGGGCGGGGCAUGUGGACCAGCGUCUGCCUCACUGUGGACUUCACAAAGAACGUAGUCCAGAUGUUCAGCAACAUGAACAUGAGCACCAGGAAGCUGCUGAUGUACGGGUAUCAGUGGUCCGGUGAGCCCGUCAUCACUUUCUCAGGUUUUGACGGACAGCUGACAGACGUCCAGGUGUGGGAUUAUCCGCUCCGCUACAAAGAAGUUCUCUACUACAUGAGCCACGGCUACUACGGGUCGGUCCAGGGCUCCCUGCUGACCUGGUCCAACAUCAGGUAUUCCCUCCAAGGAAGAAGCCUGCUGGAGAACUCCUAUGAGUGGCAGAUGAAGCUGCCAAUCAGCAAAAAGAGGCGGAAUUGGGCCCUGAAGAGGAAGGUCUGGCAGGAUUUCAGACAGCCGGUAAUCUAAUCCCAGAAACAAUCACGGCUGGGAUUAAGAAACAAGCAAACUGCCGUUCUUCACGGGAUUAUUUGAUUAUAAUCCGAAAAAUGAGGUUUAAAUGUCUUCAAGUUCUGAAGUGUUAACGAAAAAAUGAGAAGAAAAAUCUCUUUUUAAAUAAAGAUUAAUCCUAAUCCAAA